GCCCCAAAUCCAUAGUGACUGGAAAUCAGUGGCUUUGGGCUUACUCAGGAGGCUGCUUGUAGCAGUUGCUGGCCAGAAUACCCGACAGGGUUGUUUCUGAGCUUUGCCUCUGUGACUGGGGCUAUUGCACAAGCUCCCCUGAGGGCACACUUGCUGCUUUGGACCUCGGUGGCCCGGCCUCUCCCUGGCUCUCAGGCCCGGGAGCGCUCACCUGUCGGUUCCCCGGGCUCUGCGGUCAGGCGCUGAUUCUCGGCUGCGGGGACACCUGUGCGCUCCUGCAUUUAGGGCGCCUUUGCUCUGGUUUCAUCACGCAGGAUGUCACAUUUAAUGCAUAUUAUUAUUUAGCUCUACUACUUUUCAUUGUAAACAAAAUCAUUUUCUAACCUGCCGUCGUGGCAGGCAGAGUGCAGAGCAUUCCCGGCAGGUGUGGACUGCGGCUGAGAGCCAAGGGCGCUGGAACCGCUAGUGUGGCCUGACAGCUUCCUCCAGCUCCUUGGUUUAUUUGCAGACUGGACUUCCGGCACCACGGCCCCCUGCGACCCUCUCCUGCCUUAGUCCCGUGGGAUCGGGUAGUUCAAGAUUUUGAAUUCAGGGUCUGGUAGACACCGGCAAGUUUGAAAACCUACGGGUCAGAGUGGGGCGGAGCCGUGGGCCCCCUACCCUCUGUCCCCUGUCCCCUCGGAAGCGCGGCCCUCUUCCAGGGGUUGGGACAAGCUGGCCUGGGGACCCGGGGCACCGGCAGGGACCCACCCGCUCCCGGGACCUGGCACCAGCUGCGCCCCUCGCGGGGUGGCACCGCCCACUUCCGCCUUCCGUGGGCGUGCGCCGCGCAGUCGCAGUCACAGCGCGGAGGUCUUUUGUCCUCCCGGCGUCCCCGUAGUGGCUGUAACCCGAGUGACACGUUUCCUUGGGGGCGUGGAGGAGCGAGGUCGGGAUGGGCCGUCAGCACUUAAAGGGCCCGCAGCUCGGGCGCAGGAGGCGGUUCCUCUGGAGCCAGUGCGCGGCGCGGGAACCCAAGCAGGACUCUCCACUCCUCAGUCACCUUGGAGAAAGAAGUGUGGAUCCUCAGAUUCCAUCUUUCCAACUCCAAGACAAGUGGAACUAGAAAAUAAGGUGCCAUGGCAGAGAAGGUGCUAGUAACAGGUGGCGCUGGCUACAUUGGCAGCCACACGGUGCUGGAGCUGCUGGAGGCCGGCUACUUGCCCGUGGUCAUCGACAACUUCCAUAACGCCUUCCGUGGAGGGGGCUCCCUGCCUGAGAGCCUGCGGCGGGUCCAGGAGCUGGCAGGCCGCUCUGUGGAGUUUGAAGAGAUGGACAUUUUGGACCAGGGAGCCCUACAGCGUCUCUUCAAAAAGCACAGCUUUAUGGCGGUCAUCCACUUUGCGGGGCUCAAGGCUGUGGGCGAGUCGGUGCAGAAGCCUCUGGAUUAUUACAGAGUUAACCUGACUGGGACCAUCCAGCUUCUGGAGAUCAUGAAGGCCCACGGGGUGAAGAACUUGGUGUUCAGCAGCUCAGCCACUGUGUAUGGGAAACCCCAGUACCUGCCUCUGGACGAGGCCCACCCCACGGGUGGCUGUACCAACCCUUACGGCAAGUCCAAGUUCUUCAUCGAGGAAAUGAUCCGGGACCUGUGCCAGGCAGACAAGACCUGGAACGCAGUGCUGCUGCGCUAUUUCAACCCCACAGGUGCCCAUGCCUCUGGCUGCAUCGGCGAGGAUCCCCAGGGCAUACCCAACAACCUCAUGCCUUAUGUCUCCCAGGUGGCGAUCGGGCGACGGGAGGCCCUGAAUGUCUUUGGCAAUGACUAUGACACAGAGGAUGGCACAGGCGUCCGGGAUUACAUCCAUGUCGUGGAUCUGGCCAAGGGCCACAUUGCAGCCUUGAGGAAGCUGAAAGAGCAGUGUGGCUGCCGGGUAGGAAGAGAAGGGAGAAAUGAGGGAGGGGAGGGACCAGAUCCAGGCAGAGAGGCCCAGAGGGGUGGUCAGUCCAGCUCCUUCCAUAAACCCUGUUCUCUGCGGGGCAGAUCUACAACCUGGGCACGGGCACAGGCUAUUCAGUGCUGCAGAUGGUCCAAGCUAUGGAGAAGGCCUCUGGGAAGAAGAUCCCGUACAAGGUGGUGGCACGGCGGGAAGGUGAUGUGGCAGCCUGUUACGCCAACCCCAGCCUGGCCCACGAGGAGCUGGGGUGGACAGCAGCCUUAGGACUGGACAGGAUGUGUGAGGAUCUGUGGCGCUGGCAGAAGCAGAAUCCUUCAGGCUUUGGCGCGCAGGCCUGAGGACCCUCCCCUACCAAGGACGAGGAAAAGCAGCAGCUGCCUGCCCUCUAGCCUCUGGCAGGAACCCAGGGCCCUGGAGCUGCUGGGGCCAAGCCAUGGCCUCCCCUACCUCAAACCCCAGCUGGGCCCGCUCAUCCCACCAGGCGUGAGGCCAAGGGCUCCACUGACCAGGAGGCCGAGGUCUCUAAGUCUUAUCUUCCACAGGGUCCAAGAGUUCAUGAGGACCACCAAGAGCGAGCGAGGGGGCAAGGCUCUGGAACAAAACCUCCCCUCCCAGGGACUCAUUUAUACUGCUCUGAAAGAGCUUUCCAAAGUAUUUAAAAAUAAAAACAAGUUUUCUUACACUGGG